CCGUCGUCUGCAACGUGUCCCGCCAACCAAACAUUUCUCUACAUCACCAAUAGUAAUUCCCGUGGCCCUCACCUGACGCCCACGAUCCAAAAUGUGGCCCUUUGACGCCGUCGACUGGCUUAUGCUCACCGUGCCCUUUGCCUACAUUGGUAUACUGGCUGGCUCUUUCGGUGUCUUCACAAACCUAUAUCGCAAACGCAAGGCUGCCAACGCUGCGUCUCUCGAACCCUGGUUCCCCACCCACCUCCAGCGCAAUGUCUACCUCUCCCUUCUGCACAUGGAAGAACCCAAGGUGCCAGACAGCAUCCUAAAGGCCGCCCUGCUUCGCCGGGCAACGGAAGAUAUCCACCGAAUUGUCCAGAUUAGGAAUGCGAAGCAGGCGCUCCAGGUCCUGUUGCAGAGGGGUAGUGUAGGCGAUGAUUUGUGGCAGAGGUUCCAGCGCGCUGAGAAGGAAAUAGAAGAAGAGCUUAGAGAUGUUGUCAACGAGGCCAAUGCAUUUGCACCAAACUGGGGCCAGACUAUCUUCCAAUCCGCUUCUGAAAUGGCCCAGAACAACCACAUCCGCGAGCGUCUGGCCGAGAUUGAGGCAAAGGCUCCCGCCGAGAAGGAGUGGUGGGAGAACCGCCGGGCUGGCAUCCAGUCAGAGUUCAUGAAGGAAUUGGAUGACGAGAAGGCGAAGAGCGAGGAGGACGGUGUAAUGGUGGAGAAGAGCAAGAACUGAGUACCUUGCAUGUCAUGGUAUACUUCAAGCUCUAAUUCGAGUACAUUUCUAGGGACAGGGGGAAGAGGGAUGAGGCUUUUGGCGUUUUCCAGCAUUCAGGUGGCGCAUUGUUUAGACGUUUGCACACAACAGCGUCAUAGGCGCGAAUACCAUGUUUUUUUUAACUUGCUCAAAUGUUGAUUGCACU